AUUGAGUGGAGCGAGAUGACGAUCUUCUGCCAGGCAGCCUUGUGUGGAUGCUCCAUGGUUGGAUUGGUUUCUGCAGAUAUUUGGUGCAAGUUAUGGUUGCUAUAUAUACGACACUAUCGGUGCAGUUCUAGUCCAGAAUUAAACAGCAUGUCAGCUUCUUCGCUGAUGAGGGGUGAGGAGGACAUGCAACGGAGGCUAGUAGUGAAGCUGAUGAGGGGCGAAGAGGACAUGCAACGGAGGCUAGUAGUGAAGCUGAUGAGGGGCGAAGAGGACAUGCAACGGAGGCUAGUAGUGAAGCUGCUGGGGCUGUCUCUGCUCCUCUCCUUGGCGACCAACGGCGGCGGCGUCCAAGCCCAGCCGCUCGUGCCGGCGAUGAUCUUGUUUGGUGACUCGACCAUCGACGUCGGCAACAACAACUACCUCCCCGGCGCCGUCUUCAAGGCCAACUACGCGCCCUACGGCGACAACUUCCGGCGCCACCGGGCCACCGGCAGGUUCUCCGACGGCAAGAUCGUCUCCGACAUCACCGCUGAAUCGCUGGGGUUCGUGAGCUACGCGCCGCCGUACCUCAGCCCGCUGGCGUCGGGGAAGAACCUCCUCGCCGGCGCCAACUUCGGCUCCGCGGCGUCCAGCUACGCCGACGACACAGCCGCCAUGUAUGAUGCGAUCACGUUGAGCCAGCAGCUCAAGUACUACAAGGAGUACCAGACGAAGCUGGCCGCGGUGGCCGGCCGCCGCAAGGCGCGCUCCAUCCUGGCUGACGCGCUGUACGUCGUCAGCACCGGCACCGGCGACUUCCUCCAGAACUACUACCACAACGCCUCCCUCUCCGCCCGCUACGACGUCCCCCGCUACUGCGACCUCCUCGUCGGCAUCUUCUCUGGCUUCGCCGCCGAGCUGUAUAGGCUGGGGGCACGGCGGAUCGGGGUGACGUCGAUGCCGCCGCUGGGCUGCCUGCCGGCAGCGAUCAGGCUGUACGGCAAGGGCAGACCCUCGUGCGUGCGGAGGCUCAACGGCGACGCCGCGACCUUCAACCGGAAGCUGAACGCCACCGUGGAGGCGCUGGCACGGCGGCACGCGGACCUCAAGAUCGCCAUCUUCGACAUCUACACGCCGCUCCUCGCCCUCUCGGAGGCGCCUGCUGCGCAGGGCUUCUCGGAGGCCAGGAAGACGUGCUGCAGGACGGGGGAUAAGGCCACCAGGGUGUACCUCUGCAACCCGGGUGCCACCAAGGGCCCCGGGAUGUGCCGGAACGCCAGCAGCUACGUCUACUUCGACGGCGUGCACCCGUCGGAGGCCGCCAACGCCUUCAUCGCCGAGUCCAUGACCUCCGCCGGCAUCAGCUUAAUCUUUUAAUUGAGCUGCUUUAAUAAUCAUCAACGACAAGAGCAUAUAGCAUGCAGCUGCCACAAGAUGGACGGUCGAGCAUGUCUCCAUGGCAGAUGCUUUCUUUUCAAUCCAUCUGUUUCCUACAAAAUACUGUAUGAUUAAGCUAUUGUUCCGUUUAAUUCUAUCAUGCAUGUGCUGAAACAAAGUGUUAAUUAUGCGAAUAUAAUUAUGUGACUAGUAUACAUAUGGAUGUGAGAAUACAUACCUAUGAAAUUUCGUUGAGAAACAUUUUCAUUUGUACUCUACACAAAAAAAGGCAAUGUGGAUCUCCAGUAGAUGUAUCGUA